AUGCGGCUCUUGAAGGCGUGGAGACCUGUUCCUUGUACUCCGACAUUGACGCUGACAUCAGUCCCCUCUACAGCCACGGGCUGUGUCUCUACUAUUGAAGAUCACCGAACACUAAAGUCUAGUCCGGCAGGUUUGUACAUUAUAGCACGAGGCUUCCGAGAUGUGUUCGUGGAUGGCGGCGAGCUAUCUAAAGCCACGGGACGCGUAUGCACGCCUCGCAAAACGACAUCUCUCAUGUGA